AUGCCUAAAAUGGCUUCCAACGUCGCCCAGAAGCGCCUGUUCCACGAAUACAAGAACCUCUCAACAAACCCACCUGAGGGAAUCACCGCAGGUCCGGUCUCGGAGGAUGACAUGUUCCACUGGGAAGCUCUGAUCCAAGGCCCCGAGGAAACUCCCUUCGAAGGCGGCGUUUUUGCAGCAGAGCUCAAGUUCCCUAAGGAUUACCCUCUCAGUCCUCCCACAAUGAAAUUUGUGGGUGGCGGUGUGUGGCACCCAAAUGUUUACCCCAAUGGUACAGUCUGCAUCUCCAUCCUCCACCCGCCCGGUGAUGACCCAAAUCACUAUGAACACGCCUCCGAACGUUGGUCGCCUAUCCAGAGUGUGGAGAAGAUCCUCAUUUCGGUUAUGAGCAUGUUGGCUGAACCUAAUGAUGAGAGCCCUGCUAAUGUCGAGGCGGCCAAGAUGUGGCGCGAGCGGAGACCUGAGUAUGAGCAGAAGGUUCGCGAAGAAGUUCGCAAGGGACUCGGCUUGUGA